GACACGGAAACGCCCCGCCAGUCUCCACAUCUCUGGAGAAACAUCUGAACUGAUUCAACAGGGCACAGGCUGAAGUGGCUGGAGGGACCAAAAACAUCUGAGAUUUGUUUUUGGAAGUAUAGCGGCGCUCAUGGCGCCAGCUCGGCUGCUUUAGGAGGGUCACUUCAGUGGAUUUCAGUGUGAGAAACUCGUCUGUUGGAUGUCAGUCAGAAGAAUAAUGGAUGCGUUCAGAUUGUCCACUGCUAGUCUUCUAGUUCUGUCUUUAUUCAGCUGUGGAAGCGCUAUACAGUUUCCCGACUCCCAUCUGACCCGGAAAUGGGCGAUGCAGAUGCAGGAGGAGCUAGUGCAGUUGAUCGAUGAUGAGACCAGCAUAAAAGAGCUCCAAAAUAUUUUCCUGCAGUUUCGGAACUAUUAUAACGUGAAGCAAAACGACGCUACACAGCUGGUGGCAAACGCUGCACUUGAAAUCGAGAAACUUCUUGCCAAUCGUUCUACAGCUCUAAGGGCACUGGCGACGGCUGCGGAAAACUUGCAGAAGGAGCACCAGUGGAAGGAUGAUCUUGACGUUAAUGAUACCAUCUACUACAAUGCCAAGGACAAGUUUGACAUCAAUGACACUGAAACGCGCCAGAACCGCCUCAAGCUAGAAUUCAAAGAGGAUCCUGAUUUCAGACGUCCUGUUUCAUACAACACAACAGCAGUGCACAUUCCCACUGAUAUCUACGAGGGCUCCACUAUAAUCCUUAAUGAGCUAAACUGGACUGCGGGUCUGGAUGACAUCUUUAAGAAGAACAAGGCAGAUGACCCUUCCCUCCUCUGGCAGGUGUUUGGCAGUGCCUCUGGCAUGGCUCGAUACUUCCCAGCUUCCCCAUGGGUUGACACGAGGAACACACCGAACAAGAUUGACCUGUAUGAUGUACGCCGAAGGCCCUGGUAUAUUCAAGGUGCAGCUUCACCUAAAGACAUGUUGAUCCUGGUGGACGCGAGUGGAAGCGUGUCGGGUCUGACACUGAAGCUCAUUCGCACUUCUGUCAGCGAGAUGCUGGAGACUCUCUCCGAUGAUGAUUACGUCAACAUCGUCUCUUUCAACAAUUCGGCCAAGUCAGUCGCCUGCUUUAAAAACCUGGUCCAAGCCAAUGUCCGUAAUAAGAAGAUUCUGAAGGAGGCAGUCCAGAAGAUCACAGCGAAUGGCACCACUGACUAUAAAAUCGGCUUUAAGGAGGCUUUUGGCCAGCUCUCCUCGAUGAAUUUUUCAAGAGCAAACUGUAAUAAAAUCAUCAUGCUAUUCACUGAUGGAGGGGAGGACAGAGCUUCAGAGAUCUUUGAAAAUUACAACAGGAAAAAGGAGGUUCGGAUCUUCACCUUUUCUGUGGGCCAGCAUAACUAUGACAAGACACCAAUUCAAUGGAUGGCUUGCAAUAACAAUGGUUAUUAUUAUGAGAUCCCCUCGAUUGGAGCCAUCAGGAUCAACACCCAGGAGUACCUAGAUGUGUUGGGUAGACCCAUGGUGAAAGAAUACGACAAAGCAAAAAAUGUCCAGUGGACCAACGUUUAUGUGGACGCUCUAGAAUUGGGCCUUGUGAUAACAGGCACUCUGCCGGUGUUCAAUAAGACCAGCACCAGGAUCAGUAAAGACAAGAAUAAGGCCCAGAGCCAGUUGAUUUUGGGGGUGAUGGCCAUAGACGUGUCUCUGGAUGACAUCAAGAGACUGACUCCAUAUUACACUCUCGGACCAAAUGGAUAUUACUUCGCCAUCGACCCCAACGGCUACGUGCUGCUUCAUCCCAACCUUCAGCCAAAGGAUCUCAAGUCUCAAGAACCCGUGACAUUGGACUUCUUAGAUGCAGAAUUAGAGGAUGAAGUGAAGGUGGAGAUCAGAAGAAGUAUGAUAGACGGUCAGAGGGAUCAAAAGAGAUUCCAAACACUUAUGAAGUCUCAAGAUAAGCAUUACAUAGACAGAGGCAUCAGAACCUACACGUGGGCUCCAGUCAAUAAAACAGACUACAGUCUCGCUUUAGUUCUACCUGAUUACAGUGUCAGCUACAUCAAAGCCAAUAUAGUAGACAUCAUCACUCAGGCCAAAUUUUUUGAAAGCCUGCAUGUGGACAACUUUGAAGAGUAUGGAUAUACUUUAAUAGCACCCAGAGUUUACUGCACAGACCUGAAAGCUCAGAGUGACAACCACACACAGUUCCUCACAGACUUCAUUGAGUACAUUGACAUACAUACCCCCAACAACUCGCCGUGUAAUAUGGAGUUAAUAAACAGACUGCUGCUGGACGCUGGCAUCACCGCUGAACUGGCCAAACACUGGAACAAACAGGGGCAGAAUGAAAGAAUCAGGGCUAAGUUUGUGUUGACAGACGGCGGAGUCACUAGAAUCUAUCCUGCGAGUGCUGGUUUAGAAUGGACUGAGCAGGCAGAAACAUACAAGUCCAGUUUCUACAAGAGAAGUCUGGACAACAACAUUUAUGUAUUUACAUCAUCACCAUAUGCAGUCAAUGGUAAGUAUGUGUUGGUGAUUAUUAUACAGCAAAAUCCCUUUUUUCCUUUUGGAUUAAUGGAUAUUUUCUGUCCCCUUUUUUCAGAUUCUAUUUUAGUGAGCAGAGCGAUGGACCUGAGAGUUGAUGAAUUCCUGCUGAAGCCAGCAGUGGUUGGUGUAAAACUGGAUAAACAGACUUGGAUGGAAAGCUUCAUCAACGCUACGAUCACGCCCAAAUGUGUUGGUGAAAUAUGUGGCUGCAGGAGGGACGAUAGCAAUCUGGACUGCUUUCUUCUGGAUGAUGGAGGAUUCCUUGUCAUGACCAAUAAGGAUGAUUAUAUCAAUAAGAUCGGACAGUUUUUCGGUAUGAUUGACCCCAGCCUAAUGAGGAAUCUGAUAAACGAAUCCCUGUUCUCCGUCAACAUAACCUACGACUACCAGGCCCUCUGUAAUCCCACCAAAGAAACUAAAGCCGCCGCUGGUCUCAGAUCAGUCUAUGUGCCCACCAUAGCUGACAUCCUGAACAUUGGUUGGUGGGCUUCUGCAGCAGCCUGGACAAUAUUGCAGCAGUUGUUUGUCAGCAUCACAUUUCCUAACUUCCUUGAGGCAGCGGACCUAGACGAUGACCUGUCUGAGAUGCCAUCUAAAGAGAGUUGCAUUAAAGAGCAGAAACUGUAUUUCUUUGAGAACAAUGAGACAUCUUUUAAGGGGACUAUUGAUUGUCAGAACUGCUCCAGGCAGUUCAUAGCUGAAAAGCUGCCAAAGACAAAUCUGGUGCUUAUUGUUGCCGACACAAAAGAACCGUGUUGCCAGGCUGAUGAAAGAUUUUUCUCCCAGGAAGAAAAGCCUUCUCCAGGUCCUGAUCCCUGUGAGAUAGCCCUGAACCCACGCUAUCGGAAAGGUCCGGACCAGUGCUUUGACAACAACACAAGUGAUGAGGCCAUGUGUAGGAGAAAUGCAGGCUCUCCACUGCUUUCCUCUCUGCUCAUGUUACUGCUGCCAGUGUUCAUGUGCUGUCUCGGGAGCAGAAUGAGGAUUGCGGUGGGGCGUCAAGUCUGAGUCCAUCUAUCGAGUCCAUGGUCAUCCUCCAGCUGCCGCUGCUCUGGCUUCUGAUUGGACGAGGACACUGCCUCUCGUGACCUCAGCAUAGAGAAGCCACACCCCUCUACAAUGCCAAAAACUUACAUUUAAACAUUCAUCUGGACUCCCACGCUACAGCCCAGCACAUGGAGGGAGAGGCUCUGACCCAGGAAGUACAAAACCCAAGCCGCGAUCACUCACAGCCUUUAAGGUCAAAGUAGGUCGGAGAUGAUUAAUGAGCAACGACCUUUGACAUUUGACCCGUGAGGUCAGACUCCCUCCACAUGAGCGACAGGGUGGGCAGACCUUGACACUUCAUCGUCACUUCGCUAUGAAGAAAGAUCCUGUCUUUAAAACUAAAAAAUAAUCCAAUCACAACACUGCCAACCAAAGUUUCGCCCUUUACCGGUGUGAUGCCUUUUUUAACCUAUUUGUUUUUCGACAUAUUUACACGGAUAAUUCUUCAGUAUUACAAACUGUUCAUAUGUGACUUUUAUGGUUUGCCCUGCUGAGAUUUUUAAGGGAUCCCUCUGGGUUGGGUCAAAAUCCAGCCUUGUUUGUGGUCUGUAGCCCAUUACUGGAAAAGAAAAGGAAAAAUGAGCUUGUGACCUGAUGCAAAAGUCUCUUGUUUUUCCCAGUGGUCUCCACCUCUGUGCCUCGAGAAUAUCGGUUUCAUUUCUGACCGCUGUUUCGAGUGAACAGUACCUCCCUCUAUUUGUCCGUGGGUACCUGUAUUCACUAUUUUUUUAUCGGCCCAUAGUGUGUUUC